CACUUUGUUGAUACGAGCACCCUCGCACAUCUAUAAAUACAUCGGACGCCAUCUUUGGUGUUUACCAGUAGUAGCUGUAGCUGAAACUUCGUUUUAAGCUCGACUUUCGAUGACAAGAGUGUAUUUUCCGUUUUAAAAUAGUGGCCGAUAAUCGGCAGUAAAAGCUUAAAGUAUAUCAUGAUGAUUCUAAGAGUGUAUCGAAUACGUGAUGUGUUCAGCAGUCGAAAUUCCGUAUCCGAGACGAUGAUUUAGUCGGAAAAUAGUGUGAGCACGUAGAGUGCGAGAUAUCCGACAUACAUCUCUCGUCGUAUGUGUGUUUAAUGAAACGUCACUAGAUUAAUUUGCGACGACUAAACUGCGACAUCGUCAAUUACCGUGGACAUGGAGCCGUCAUCGAACACCGGAAGUGGGGAUGGAAAUGACACCAAGGGCAGCUGUUUGCUACUACGCUACGCGAGCCAGAAUUCGCUCGACGAGAGCUCACAGAAACACAUUCCGAGGGAAAAUGGAAAGGACAAACCGCCCUAUCGAAACCACCAUCAUACUAAUCGGGCAUUCGACGUGAUGAAUACCAUGAGAAAGCAAAAUCUGCUUUGUGACGUGACCUUGGUGGCGGAUGGCGGGGUGGAAGUUCCUGCCCACAAAAUGGUGUUGGCCGCGUGCAGUCCCUACUUUUAUGCGAUGUUUACGAGCUUCGAGGAGCGGGAACGAGAGAGGAUCACCCUGCAAGGUGUGGACCACGCCGCCCUCGACCUCCUUGUCGACUACGUCUACUCCGCGGAGGUCCACGUCACCGAGGACAACGUGCAGGUGCUCCUUCCGGCGGCGAAUCUCCUCCAGCUAAACGACGUCCGUGACGCAUGCUGCGACUUCCUUCAGGCCCAACUCCAUCCGUCCAACUGCCUUGGCAUCCGAGCCUUCGCCGAUCUCCACGGGUGUCUGGAGCUCCUCGCGCACGCCGACAGCUACAUAGAACAGCAUUUUUCAGAGGUCGUCGAAGGCGAGGAGUUCCUCACCCUGACCCCGCAACAAGUCGCCAAGCUGAUAUGCAGCGAUCGUUUGACCGUUCCGUCCGAGGAGAAGGUGUUCGAAUGCGUUAUAUCAUGGGUCCACAACGAUCUGGAGCGAAGGCAAGACCACCUUGCUCAGCUGAUGGAGCACGUCAGGCUGCCUCUCCUUUCUCAGGAGUACUUAGUCCAGAGAGUCGAACAGGAACCACUGCUCAAAGCUAACUUACAAUGCAAGGACUUUCUCAUCGAAGCUUUGAAGUACCAUCUCCUCAAAGGGGAGCAGAAGACCUUGUUCAAAACCGCAAGGACGAAGCCAAGACAACCGGUCGGUCUACCCAAGGUUCUAUUAGUUGUCGGGGGACAAGCACCGAAGGCCAUAAGAAGCGUUGAGUGCUACGAUUUCAAAGAGGAACGAUGGUACCAAGUUUCUGAGCUUCCUACGCGACGCUGUAGAGCUGGACUUUCCGUUCUCGGUGGUCGAGUUUAUGCUGUUGGAGGCUUCAACGGUUCUCUGAGAGUUCGAACAGUAGAUGUUUACGAUGCAGCGGCUGAUCAAUGGUCAGCCUGUCCGGGCAUGGAGGCCCGAAGAUCGACGCUGGGCGUCGCGGUCCUCGGCAACUGCAUAUACGCGGUUGGUGGUUUCGACGGUUCAACCGGAUUGAACUCGGCCGAAGUCUACGACCCCCGGACCCAUGAGUGGAGAAUAAUUGCACCGAUGUCGACGAGGAGGAGCAGCGUCGGCGUCGGCGUCGUUAAGGGCCUUUUGUACGCGGUUGGAGGCUAUGACGGUGCCUCUCGGCAGUGCCUCUCGAGCGUCGAAUGCUACAAUCCGGAAACGGACCAGUGGAAAGCAGUGCCAGAAAUGUCUUCACGUCGAAGUGGUGCCGGGGUUGGAGUCCUCGACGGUAUCCUGUACGCCGUUGGAGGUCACGACGGACCUUUGGUAAGGAAAAGUGUCGAAGCCUUCAACCCGGAGACUAAUCAGUGGACUCCCGUCAGCGACAUGACUCUCUGUAGAAGAAACGCCGGGGUUGUCGCGUUGAACGGGAUGUUGUACGUCGUUGGCGGGGAUGACGGAACGUCGAAUCUCUCCUCAGUCGAGGUGUACGCUCCGCGUACGGACACGUGGUUGACCCUUCCAGCGUGCAUGGGAAUCGGUCGCAGUUACGCCGGAGUGGCUAUAAUCGACAAGCCGUUGAUGGGGACCCUGACGAUGUGA